AUGCCCUCACUCGCGAAAGUACCUCCCGAAAUCUUAGAGCAUAUUGCAUUCUUUGCAGCAACCGAUCCGCUCCUCGGGCCUCCUGCUGGCAUCAUCCCUCUGCUCGCGACAAAUCGGCGCAUCCACUCGGUCCUUGCAUUUGACUCGAAUCCGCACCUCUGGGCUUGCAUCUUCUCGCAUAAAUUCGAUGUGUCUGCUGCCGUACGUCGUCUGGGACGAGAGCGCACUUCUCCGGUUGCGAUGGCGGAAGAGCUGAAGGAACGGUGCCUGCUCAUGAGACGCAUACGUGAGCGCAAGGACACACUCGUUUCGUCGAUCAACGUCAACGCGGAACACAUGCACGUUUUGAGCUCCAUACUCUGGAUGGCGUACCUGAUGAUGCUCGAAAACGAUGGAAGGAAUGAGAGGCAGCUGAGGGAGUACGCGAGGAUUGACGAAUGGCUCAAGGAGUUUCUCUUCCACCAGUCAGGCGCGUCACUCAUUCAAUUGUCGGUGACACUGGAUGCAUGGCCGUCCGGGGACGACGAGAGGACAUCCCUCGCUAUGUGGUUAUUCUGGAUGCUGCUUAGACCAGAUGACUACAUGACGGACGAGUCGACGUUCUACCAUACGACGAGCGUGUUAAAGCUUGUCGCUCUUGGUGCACAUCAAUAUAGUCUAUGCACGCCCUCCUGGCGGGACUUUAUACCUCCCCACCACCUGAAAGACGUCUCGCAAACCACCCGCUAUGCUGCUUCACUCUCGCUCGUUCCGCCAGCCCCCGCAGCCCCCGCCAUCCUCUCCUACCUCACGCUAAUCAACAAGCUCCCCGUCUCGUGGGACACCAUCAGCUACAUGAAGCCGCCCGAGCCGAGCGUACCCAGCGUCGGCGGGACGUCCGGGAGCAGGGAGUGGGAAGCAGAGUGGGAGAGGAGCGUCGGCCUCGCGAUUUCUGCGACGCCACUUGGCCCGGAUCUGUCUGGCGCAUUCGUACCUGGCAGCUUGGAAGGGUACUGGGAGGGCCUCUUUACAUACACCGAGUUCACCGCAUACGCUGCGCUGCUUUCGGGCGCAUCGCCAUCUGUGCUCGAACGCAGCCUUGUCGCACAGCACCCACAGCUCUGGAAGCUCCGCGAGCACCAUCUUUACGCGGAGGAGGACGAUGACGAUCUGGCCGGGCCCAAUCCCAGGUUAUCGGAGCCGCUUACUGCUGGCAGCCCACUUCGGGCGUACAUACCCACUGGCACGGAGGUGCACGAAGUCCCUGAUGGGCUGGAGGUGAAGGAGCCUGAGAGGCCGCUGGUAGUGUAUGAGAGCUGGGCGGCAGUGAGGGCGAACCCAGAGAAGGCGAGAAAGAGGAGGAGAGUGAGAGAUGUUAUUAUAACGGGCGAGGGACAUUCUGCAUGGGGCCAGUUCAACCUCGUCGGGCGGAUAAGGCCGUGUGACGGGUUCAUCAGCCUAUCGAAGGACUACAUGAACGACGACCGCGGGCGGUGGCUCUACCGCGGAUACAUCAUCGGGAACGCUCAUGGAAACCUGUCUGGUCGAUGGCGAGAUACGCUCAGUCCGUCGGACGUGCAGGGUUAUGAGGGGUGCUUUAUGAUGAGUCGGAGGAAGUGA